AUGCGCGGUACUACGACCGGAGGACUGACUGCCGCACUGCUGGCGACAGCGGCUGUCGCGACGCCUCAGCUAUACGGAGCCGCCGGUGGAGACGACGACCUGACGCAGUUCGUGUCCGACUUGGACCUGUCCUCGGCCGUGGCGCAAAACGUCACUGCGACGCUGAAGGCCGCCGGCAACAGCUCCCUGACGGACGUGGAGAAGGCGUCGCUGGCGUGCUACGUCAGCAGCGCUGCUUUUGGCGGCGAAUACCUGGAUGCUUCGUCGGCCAACUACACGGACCGGGUUGAUGUCAACUGGUCGGAAGCCUGUUGGCAAGAAUCCCGGUGCAUAAUCGAGCCCAGCUCCACCAAGGACGUCUCUCGCGCCAUCCGCAUCGUGGGGUACCUCGAAAGCAAGUUCGCCGUGCGCAGCGGUGGCCACAAUCCCAAUGUUGGCUUCGCCAGCGUCGACGAGCAUGGCGUGCUGAUCGACAUGGUUAACCUCAAUGAGAUUACGUUGAACGACGACCAGUCAGUCGUCAGCGUGGGCCCGGGGAACCGAUUCGGCGCCGUGUACGAGAAGCUCAACUCCUCUGGGCUUAGCAUUGUUGGCGGUCGCAUUACGGAUGUGGGCGUUGGAGGCUACAUGCUGGGAGGCGGAAUGGCCUUCUUCUCCAGCCAGUACGGCAUGGCCGCAGACAACAUCAAGAGCUUCGAGGUCGUGCUGGCGAACUCGUCCAUAGUCGAAGCGAACGCAGAGUCGAACUCGGAUCUUUACUGGGCCUUGAAGGGGGGCGGGCCGAAUUUCGGCGUCGUCACCAAGUUCGACGUAAACACCAUCCCAAGCGCCGACUGCUGGUUUGAGGGAAGAGUCUAUGCCCCCAACCAGACUGAAAAGCUGUUCGAAGCGGUGAUCAAGUACUCGGCCGCAGCAGAGAACGACACAAGCGCCGGGCUCGUGUUCAACGUCUCUCCCGACGGGACCAUCCUGGGAUUCGUGUACGGCAAGCCGGUGGAAAAGCCCGACGUGUACAGCAUGUUCUACGACAUCCCCUACACGCAGAAUUACAUCAACUCGACUCUGGGCAAUACGUACGAGUUGGCCCUCGCAUUCGCGGAUGUGACGGACCUCAGCCCCGCAAGGAGGCAAAUCGUGUCGAUUGCGCACAAGUACAGUCUUGAAUCGUAUAAGGAAAGCUACGCGACGUACCUGAACCUUUCCUCGCAAGUCACCAGCGACUUCAACGGAAGCCUGGCCUACGGUGUCCAGCCUUUCACCAGUGCUGCCGUGAAGCAAAGCCAGCAACGAGGCGGCAAUCCGCUCAACUUGACCGACGUGUCCCAAGACUGGUUUACGGCGACGAUUCAGUGGGAGGAUGCGGGAGAUGAUGAGGCGGCGCUGAACGCCAUCCAGGCUCUGGGUGAGAGCGUCCGAGUGACCUCGGAGCAGCACGGCGCCGGCUUACCGCUGCGCUUUAUGAACGACGCCAACCUUGAACAAAACGUGCUCGGAAGCUACGGAGCCGGAAACCUCGCUCGGCUUCGGGACAUCAGCGAGAAGUACGACCCGCAGCAGCUGUUUCAGACGCUGCAGAACAACGGAUACUUGCUGUCCAAGGCUUGA